CUUUGCUGAGCUGAUAAUGGACUGAAGCAAUCUGAACGUCGAGUGAGAAACUCUGCACUGGAUCUCACACCAUUCCAAAGAAUCCAAUAACCUGCUUCACACACACAAAGCCCAUUCAGAAGGGGAUCUUUUUUCCCUCUGAGGACACCAAGAGCACGGGAACUGUGGAGUCCCUCAAUGCAUGGAAUGACUCGGAAGCCAAUGCCUACACAUGGAUGGAUAUGCUUCCUAGAGCCCCAACAAAGAUGACAGUGCAAGAUAUUCCUCGUGCCUUUCCCACAGUGGAUGUCCCAGAUCAUGCCCAUUAUACAAUUGGAGUUGUCAUUCUUAUGGUGGGGAUUACAGGAACUCUGGGUAAUUUCCUGGUCUUCUAUGCUUUCUGCAGGAGUAGGAGCCUUCAGACUCCCGCCAACACACUCAUCAUCAAUCUAGCUAUUAGUGACUUCCUGAUGUCCAUUACACAGUCUCCAGUUUUUUUCACCAGCAGCCUCUACAAACACUGGAUUUUUGGUGAGAAAGGCUGUGAGCUGUAUGCCUUCUGCGGAGCUCUUUUUGGCAUUACAUCUAUGAUCACUUUGAUGGUGAUUGCCUUGGACAGAUAUUUUGUCAUCACUAAACCUCUGGCUUCUGUUGGAGUGACGUCAAAGAAGAAGGCCCUAAUAAUCCUGGUAGGAGUCUGGCUGUACUCUUUGGCUUGGAGUCUCCCACCCUUCUUUGGAUGGAGUGCAUAUGUUCCUGAGGGUUUGCUGACUUCCUGUUCCUGGGACUACAUGACUUUCACACCAUCAGUCCGUGCCUACACAAUGCUGCUUUUCUGCUUUGUCUUUUUCAUUCCUUUGAUUGCUAUCAUAUACAGCUAUGUCUCUAUCUUUGAGGCUAUCAAGAAGGCCAACAAGUCUAUCCAGACAUUUGGAUGCAAACGUGAAAACAGACGGUUCCAGAAACAGUAUCAGAGGAUGAAAAAUGAGUGGAAGAUGGCCAAAAUUGCUCUGAUCGUCAUCUUGUUUUUUGUCAUUUCCUGGUCACCAUACUCUGUUGUUGCUCUGGUAGCUUUUGCUGGGUAUUCCCACGUCCUAACACCUUUCAUGAAUUCCAUACCAGCUGUGAUUGCCAAAGCUUCUGUCAUCCAUAACCCCAUCAUUUAUGCCAUCACUCACCCCAAAUACAGAAGAGCCAUUGCAACAUAUGUUCCUUGCCUUGGACCCCUACUGAGAGUUUCUCCUAAAGACUCACGGUCCUUCAGCAGUUACCACUCCUCCAGACGAGCGACAGUAACCAGCCAGUCUUCUGAGAUAAGUGGGCUGCAGAAAAGAAAAAGGAGACUGUCUUCUCUCUCUGACAGUGAAUCAGGCUGUACUGAAACAGAAACUGAUACUCCCAGUAUGUUCUCCAGACUUGCCAGAAGACAAAUUUCCUACAAAACAGAUGAAGAUACAACUCAGACUAGUGAUAUAAGAGCCAAACUGACAAGCCAGGAUUCUGGGAAUUGUGGGAAGACAGCUGUAGAUGCUGAUGACAUAUUGAUGGUGGAAUUGAAUGUCACAGAGUACAUGGCUACACCUACUCAAACAUCUAAAACAUGCAGCUUGGAGGAAAUCAAGAAAAGUGAGAGCCUGAACAGUAUUGGACAAAGAAAAGGAGACUGUCACCAGGGAUCAUCUUCAUCCAAGAUACCCAGCAUUACAAUAACAUGCAGCAGUGUCCAAGGAGUAGAGCUGCCUUCUAGAUGCAACUCUGGUUUCCUGUACCCUAAAUCCAGCAAGCAGAACAAGAAGUCCAGCAAUUAAGUGAGUAGUACAAGCCAGAAUAUCACCUUAGCCAACAGCUCUGGAACAGCUGUGGACUGGCUGAAUCCAGAAUACCUUCCUAGAUUGGUCUGAAAUGCUCCUACAAAGACACAGCAUAAGACAAGCAAGGAUAAAAACAUGCAGAGUGAUCUUUUCAGCAUCAGAACUCUCUCCAGUGGAUCAGAUCUUGAUCUGAGUCACAAUGUAAUUUUAAUAUUUCUUCUUUAUGCAGCUUAUGAAAAAAUUUCUUUCAUUUGGAUUUUACUCUGCUCACAUACAUUCCCACCACUGCACAGACCUUACCUAGAAAUCUUCUAGGAUUAACUUGAGAGGGAAGGGAAGUAUAAUAUUCAAAACUGGCUUUGUUCACUUUAUGUAUUAACUUCAAAGCUAUUACAGAGCUAAAGCUGAGAAAUUUGGGGGGAAAUGUACAUUACUUCCUGAAGACUGUUUCUUCAUUAUUGUGAAGUUUCUCAACCAAAUGUAAACUUAAUUACACAGUCAGUGCCCCCUUCUCUCAUUAAUGACACAUUUUCCCCCAUUUUCUUCUACAAUCCAAUGAAAGGCAAUGCACUUUAGCAGUAAUUUGAAGUCUCAUAUCUUUAUUUUAAUUUCUGAGACAGGGAAAGAGAAAGGCGUAACACUUGAGGAAAAGACUAUGGUCCUUUCCAUACUUAGCUUCUUUUCCAACAGUGGCUUAAGAGAUGAUUUUAACCCAUUCUCAGCUAACUUCCACUGAGCCAUAGGGGAUUAUUAUGAAAUUCCUUCUGACUUUCCUUUAGCAGGUUUCAUGAGAAGAAUGCAGAAUACAAAGCAAUGUUUGUACUGAAAUGUCUCAUGGGUAAGUCAACACAUCUGAUUUCUGCAACUUCAAAGUUGUUUGCUCUUUGAUGUGCUUUUCAAAAGUAAAUAUUGAGAGGACAAGGUUUAGUUCCCCAAAAAUGGUUGUUCUAGAGAUAUAUAAAAUCCACAUCAUCCCUACUUUGGCAUUUUCAUUUUCCCCUUCUCUAAACAGCAGCAUUUGUAUAGCUGAGGGUUUUCUUCUACAGUGAAUAAGUCCAUGAGAUUGUACUUCUUUCCCCUGAAGGAAAGGGUUCUAUCAACAGUGACUUUCAGCUUUUUCCUGUUCUCUCUCCUAGUGCGUAAGAAGUGAAUAAAAUUCAUUUGCAAUUCAUAGCACUUGGUCCAAAGUGGGGCUGAGCCAAAAAGACCAGGACACAAAGCACUAUUGAAACCGUUCUUCCCCAUAGACCCUCCAGCAGUUUUUCCUUUGGUUGCAAUAAAGGAGGGAACCCAGCAAGCUAUUUUUUGUCCUAAGUAAAUAAAUUCUUCCCUAUGUCACAUCAGAAGAAGCCAUAAAAUCAAUAAAAAUGUAAUGAGCUUAUUUUGAGGGGGGAAAUCAGUGCGUUCCAGAAGGUCUGGGGCAUUGUUUUGAAGUAAACUACAGGAAAUUUCGGUCUAUCUGAGGUUUAAUAAAGGAAGGUUAUUAAAACUAAAAAUGAAGGUGAUAAUGACUUCUACAGCAGACAAAAUGUUAAUCAUGAAAAAAGUGAGGCAUUCAGGCUGGUAAUAAACUGCCAAAAGAAACACACUGUUCAAAAUCUACAGUGUUUUUAUGUAAAUGAAAUCGUAGUCAUCAGAGAUGGAAAGGAGCUGUUACAGGCUCUCCCUCCACCUACCACAACAGGAUAUUGUCACCCAGCAGAAGACAAUAUCAAACUGAUAAUAUAUACAGCUAGCAGUAAGGAGAAAGAAGAGAGAAAACAUCUUCAAACAGGAAACUUGUUUAAAAUUAUUCCUCAAGUCUAAGGGGUUCUAUUACAACUUAUUGCUGAGGCUUUUAAAAAUAUUUAAAAGCAUGAAACAUGUAAUUCUUUCUUUGUCAUGAAGGCCAUUGACACUACUGAAGAUGGGAAGAAACAUUAGCAAAUGCUGCCUGUUUCAUAUGCGUCACAAAAGACUGAAACUGUCAAGAAAAUAGGUCUAACUCACACAUGUUGUUUGAUGUGUUAACAAGGAGUGUAUGAUAUAUGUCACUAAUAGUCCCUUACUCCAGUCAUGAUUUUGUUCCAAGCAGUACUCUUCAAGACUGCACUCUGCACUCUUCUGCAUUCCCUUCCACUUUUAGAGGGUAUAAAAAGAAUACUUCCAUGGCUAGAAGAGCUUUACGAAUCCACAGCAUGUUGUUCUCUGUAUCCUUCAACUCCAACAUGUAUUAGAGAUUAGUUUGUAUCUAUAAAAAGAACUACAGCUGUUCAUGCUCAUCUACUUACAAGAGACUUGUAAAGCAUAUAUUAAUUAGGGAGAAAUUGUUUGUGAGAACUUCAAAACCCUUGUGUGUACUCUCUGUGUAGCUAACAGCUUUGCCUUCCUUCACCUCUGCUAUGUCUAUAAAAACCAUACAGGGGAAAGCCUACAAAAUUCAUCUCAUCUGAAUAUCUCUACAAGUGGCUCCACACUGUAACCCCUGCGGCAUUUGGAAUAAAUCAUUAUUAGUUCAUAUUUCAUCUCAUCCUAGCAGAUUUAUUUGUGUCCUGUAUCCUCCACUUGGCAGCCAUUCUCUUGGUUUUGCUGUCUCUCUACACCCUUCAACACAGAUGACUGAUUGGAUUAAAAUAAUUUAGGACUGAGAUGAUUCACGUUUCACUUAAAGUCAACUGUACAGGCUGUUCUGCAGAGACUGCCUGUAGUUUACCAUGCACUUGGACAUGUUCCAGUGACUUGGAGUGUGACAGG